AUGUCUGCCUCCAACGUGUCCAUCUGCUCCAGUGACCUGAGCUAUGGCAGCCGUGUCUGCUUGCCCGGUUCCUGUGAGUCUUGUACCGGCUCCUCCUGGGAGGUGGAUGACUGCCCUGAGAGCUGCUGUGAACCUUCCUGCUGUGCCCCCAGCUGCUCCCAGUCCUCCUGCUGUUCCUCCUGCUGUGUCCCCACCAGCUGCACCCCAGCCUCCUGUCUGACCCUCAUCUGCACUCCCAUGAGCUGUGGCUCCAGCCCCUGCCAAUCCACCUGCACCAGCUCCUGUGAGCCUUCCUGCUGCCAGCAGUCUAGCUGCCAGUCAUCCAGCUGCACAUCCUCCCCCUGCCAGCAGGCCUGCUGUGUGCCCGUCUGCUGCAAGCCUGUCUGCACCCCUGUGAGCUGUGGGUCCAGCCCCUGCCAAUUGGUCUGUACCAGCUCCUGUGAGCCUUCCUGCUGCCAGCAGUCUAGCUGCCAGUCUUCCAGCUGCAUGCCCUUUCCCUGCCAGCAGCCCUGCUGUGUGCCCGUCUGCUGCAAGCCUGUUUGCACCCCUGUGAGCUGUGGGUCCAGCCCCAGCUGCCAGGUGGCCUGUGGGUCCAGCCCCUGCCAAUUGGUUUGCACCAGCUCCUGUGAGCCUUCCUGCUGCCAGCAGUCUAGCUGCCAGUCAUCCAGCUGCACAUCCUCCCCCUGCCAGCAGCCCUGCUGUGUGCCUGUCUGCUGCAAGCCUGUCUGCACCCCUGUGAGCUGUGGCUCCUGUGAGCCUUCCUGCUGCCAGAAGUCUGAUUGUCAGCCAUCCUGCUGCACAUCCUCCCCCUGCCAGCAGGCCUGCUGUGUGCCCGUCUGUUGUAAGCCCGUCUGCUGUGUGCCCGUGUGCUGCAAGCCUGUCUCCUGCAAGCCCGUCUGCUGUAUGCCUGUGUGCUGUGGAACCUCCCCCUGCUCAUCCUCCUCAAGCUGCCAGCCUUCUCCCUGUGCCCCCUCCUGCUGCAAACCCUCCUCCUCCAUGUCCCUCAUCUGUAGCCCUAUGUGCAAGCCUACCUGCUGUGCCCCUGCCUCCUCCUCUAUGUCCCUACUCUGCCGUCCGGUGUGCAAGCCCGCCUCCUGUGGCCCUUCCUGUAACUAA